UUCGCACGGGCCUGUAAGCAAGAAAAGUGUUGUUCUUAUGCGAAGUGUUGAGGUACAAUCAUCUUGUACUUUUACUACUAUCAGCUAGUUCGGUCGUAAUGGUGGAAAUGGAAGAGGGUGUGAAGCAAGUGGUGGACAUUUUACAAUGCGGCUCAGACGAAGCUCGUAGAAUCCUUCAGCAUUAUGAUGGCGAUCCAGAACGCGCAAUCGAUGCAUAUUUCAGUGGCACCAUUCCCUCUACAUCCGCCGCCGCGGCCACUGCAACGAAUGAUGCCAAUCAAUAUCAACAAGCCAUCGUUCCAUAUCAAGCACCAAAUGACAAUAAUCAAUCAGUGCAAUCCGCUCCCAAUGACGCUUCGACACAAGAUCAACCUACAGGCUGGGAUGCUCCACCUUCAUUUAUAGGUCCAAAAACACCGCCUUCCACCAACAACAAUAAUGGUAACACAACGACAUCAUGGGCCGAUCGAGCAAGCGAAGGCAUUCGGAGAAGCGAACGUAAUGCAAAAAAGAGAUCAUCUCCGAUCGAUUUAACAGGCGAUGAUGAAGACGAAGAUUUUCGAAAAGCUAUGCAAGCGUCAUUGGAAAGUGAAUCAAAUCGUCAAAAAAGACAUCAAGAGUACGGCAUAGGUGGAAAUGAAAGCAAACAAAAUGCAAGUGGGAUACACGGAGUGAAUGCAGACGAAGAAGCUUUAAAUAGAGCGAUUGAGGCAAGCAUGCUUCAAAGUUCAUCCAAUACACGAGAUCAAACGCCGGCACUGUCCAACAGUCACCUUGAUUCGAUAGGCGGAAAAGAUAUUCGCUCAAACAAUCAACCGGUAGGUAUUGUAGCACCACUGCCAUUCAUGCGUAUCUUUGCACUGGCACUUCAAGCACUGUAUGCUGCAGAACCAUUUCGCGAUGCUCUUUUAGCCGUACAAUUCACCGAUAUUCGAAUAACAGAAGCAAACGAGCAGGGGCUAGACGAUCUCAUGACAGAUUAUUGGCGCGGAAGAAGUCCUGCAAAUAUCAAUAGACCUGCAGGAGAAGUAUGGGUAAAGAAUGCAAUUCUUACGAAGGAACAAGAAGGGAUCGAUAUCUUUAUGCGUCUGAUGACGCUAUUCGCUUUUAUGACAUACACCAAAAGAUCACUUGUUGUGGCUGAAGAUGUGAUCACGCAUAGUCCAAUUCGAACGAAUUACUCUUACGUGAUGAAUAGCGAACGUAAGCCUCCGCACGAUAUCCUUGCUUGCUACGUACAAGGCCUUCUUGAUGUUUUGACCAAUGUGAGCGUGGACUUGGAGAGACGAUCACCACAAACCUGUAAUUCAUUAGCAUUCAAGAAAACUUUUCAAUCUUUUACUGUCAAUGCAAUUGCACCACUAAAAGAAGAGGAUCAACUCAAAAGUCCAAGAAAACCUCGUGGUGAUCCGUACGAAUCAUUCGUGCAUACGGUAAUGCAAACAAAGACAAACAAUACAAUUUAUCGUGCUUUAUACGCAUGUUUGGCAGAAGAAAAAACGUUGUAUUCCAACCCGGCAGAAAGCCUGUUCUUUUCUUUGGGCAGACCAGGCUUAUACAAUCCCAAUUUUGCAUCAGGAUGGCAGGCAGGCGGAGGAGAGGAUGCCGAAUCAUCAUUUAAAGUAGAUCCUUUUAUUUACUUGGAUGCAUUCAUGUUUCAUCGUCGAAAUGGCGUUCAAUUAGGAUUGGAUCCUGCUGAUGUCAAGCAACGUCAAACACGUAUAGAGGAGCUGGAGAAAUAUAGAAAAGCAAUCGUAAUGCAUGAAGGAGAAGAUGUUCGAUCAAAUCUACGAGCUAGCAUUGAAUAUUUCCAGAGCCUUUGCGUCGACGAUGGAAAGGAUGAACUGCGUACGAUCAGUCUGAAUGAAGCAGGUCCAAGGCUAGAGGCAAUUCUUGCUCAUCUGGAAGAAGAGGUUGCAAGAGUUGAUUCUAUCUUGAUUGAGAAGAAAGUAGAGAAUGAAAGAGCAAGAUCGGCAAUUUUGGAUGACUUUGAGAAAAUGUUGGAGGACCCUGAAUACCAAACUAUGAAGUACGAGCUUCAAGCAGUAUUGGUAGACGAUGGAAUUGAUAAUGCGUGGGCGUAUGUCUGUCAACGAGACGAUAACGGUGGGAAGGAUAAAUGGUGGAGGAUAUGCGCUGGUGAGGUUAAGGAAGCGUAUCUACUUGAUGUUCUCAAUGAGAAGAACACAAUCAACUUCCUCGUUUACUCGGCCACUGAAGAAACAAAACGGAUACUGGCAAAACUUCGUUCACCUUCUGAUGAAGAUGUAAUGGCGCUUGAUGAUGAGCCAACCAAAGCCGGACUUCCAAGACGAUCGAGUGAAUCAAAUCAUUGGUUGUUGAAACAACCUUUGAUCGAGGCUAUAGAACAUGAUAAUGCAUCUUUUGGUAGGCAAUUGGCAGGGGAGAUACCUAUUUCAACUGAUGCACAAUUUACAACUCAAGGAAUUGCCAAUUCGGCAAAUGCGAAUAAUGGCGGGAAUGAAACUGGUAUAGAAGAUGAACAAAUGACAAUCGAAGCUUAGCUGUAAUAUAACACUUUUUCAAUAUUGUAAUGCAUUUCACUGUAGAAAGAAUUUAUCUGAAUAAAAGGGACAUUGGAUAUAUUUUGUAAAAAGGAGAAUUGAUGCUGGAGAGAUUUUUGUCUGCAUUGCGAUUAUGCAAUACGAGAAGUACAUGAAUGAUAAAACAACAUAU